CGACUAAAACUAAGCGUGUAAUAGGUGUAACUAGGAGCUCGGCUGUAGCGCUGCAGCAGACAUUUGGGCUUUUCCACUGUGCCACAAAGUAGGGGGUACUACUUGCAGCUGGUGGUCUGCUCUGUGCGGAGAGACGCCCCUUCAUCUGUUCUCACUGCAGCCUGUUCCCAAUCUCUGAGAGCAGUUCAAACCUGCGCCUGUGUGUGAGUGUCGUACAGAGCCAGACUGAUCAGACUCAAGAAAGCUCAGCCCGCGACCCCCUGUCUCCCCGCGCAGCCCCCCGUACCCGCUGCACAAUGGCAACCCCGGAGAAGACAAACUGAUCAUCAUUUGAAUGAAAUUGCACUUGACAGGCUGAUUCCUAGCGAGGGACAAAGAGAGUCUUUGCAGAGCUCUGAGCGCUAUUCCUGUCACUGCUCUUGGAUCUCUCUCACUGGAUCGUCUCAUUAGCCGUCUCAUUAGUCGUCUCAUUAGUCUGCUCAUUAGUCGUGCAUAGCGGCUCCUGCUGCACCCAGAGGUGGUCAUGGAAGAAAACAUGGAAGAAGGACAAACCCAAAAAGGUUGCUUUGAAUGCUGUAUAAAAUGCCUUGGGGGAAUUCCCUAUGCAUCACUGAUUGCUACUAUUCUGCUGUACGCUGGGGUUGCACUGUUCUGCGGCUGUGGUCAUGAGGCCCUCACUGGAACUGUCAACAUCCUUCAGACCUAUUUUGAAAUGGCAAGAACUGCUGGGGACACACUUGACGUCUUUACCAUGAUUGAUAUUUUCAAGUAUGUAAUCUAUGGAACAGCAGCUGCCUUCUUUGUUUAUGGAAUUCUGCUGAUGGUGGAAGGCUUCUUCACAACAGGUGCUAUCAAAGACCUCUAUGGAGACUUCAAAAUCACCACAUGUGGCAGAUGUGUCAGCGCAUGGUUUAUUAUGCUGACAUACCUCUUCAUGCUUGCCUGGCUUGGGGUCACAGCUUUUACCUCUCUUCCCGUCUACAUGUACUUUAAUCUCUGGACCAUUUGUCGAAAUGCAACAUUAGUUGACGAAGCUAAUUUCUGCUUGGACCUCCGUCAGUUUGGUAUUGUAACAGUUGGGGAGGAAAAAAAGCUAUGCUCAUCAUCUGAAAACUUUCUAAGGAUGUGUGAAUCUACAGAACUGAACAUGACAUUCCACUUGUUUAUCGUUGCACUUGCUGGUGCUGGAGCUGCUGUAAUUGCCAUGGUUCACUACCUGAUGGUCUUGUCAGCUAACUGGGCUUAUGUUAAAGAUGCAUGCAGAAUGCAGAAGUAUGAAGACAUCAAAUCUAAGGAAGAACAGGAACUGCAUGAUAUUCAUUCUACUCGUUCUAAAGAGCGGCUCAAUGCAUAUACAUAAAAUAAUAAUUCUGCUUAUUUGUAACAUUCAAAUUCUUUGUUGUUUACGGUAACUAAAAGCCUCCCUUCCAUUGUACAAUGAAAAUUAAGUGCUUUUCCUAAAAAAGAUAGGCAUAUCACCUAUCUCCAUUGAUAGACCAGCACUUGGCUUCUUCACAGUGUGUGACAUUAUUAUGUAAUGUGGAGCACCCCUUAUCGUCCUUCCCAAAUCGUCAUAAGGUGACUGGUUUCUUAGAUAAAGUAAUUGUGAAAUAAAAACGUCCUUUUCCUUUUUUAAACCACUUUAUAUGUUUUACAUUUUACAAAAAAACAAAAAACAUUUUGCAUCGUUUCCUAUGUUUUUGAAAGAGAAAGCUUUUUAUACUUUUUAGUUCUGAGUUUCAAAAAAAACCAAACAAAAUAAUAAUUUAACUACAGGUAACCUACAAAGGGACAGUUGUACAGAAAGCAUGUACGAUAAAUCGCUUAUAGUUUGGGAUCAUGCAUGGAUAGUUUGGCCAUCUAUAAUGUGUUUGGCCCUAUGAUUAGUCAGAGGUGUGGUUUCUGUUUGGCAGGUUAAGAGGUGCUUCUUAUGGGUGUUACUGUAUUAGUAUUAAUGUACAAAAUUUCAGUUUUAAAAUUCUGUCAACAUCAAUGACAGAGCCAACUGUUUCCGAGUGUGAGCAUGCAUACUGUAAUGCUAGUGCAUGGGCACUUCCCGUUUCUAAAUAUAAAAAAUGUUUCAAUUAUUCUUCACAUUAUUCCUGAAAGUUUAUAUUGAUGUUUUCCCAGCAAAUAUUUAGGCAUUUAAUUAUGAUUUGCUUUUAGCAUUUUAAUCUGUAUAUAUAUUGUAAAAAAAUAUAUGUCAUGCUAUUAAGAAUCAAAGGACAUUACAGAAAUAUUCUUUUACAGGUUCCUUCAUUUGUCAGUAGACCCCACUGCAUUGAACAUUCUUUCAUGUUUUUGAAGUGGUCCAAUGAUCACCUUAUUUUUGUUUUCUUUUAUUAAAAAAUGCCUUCUACCUAAAAACAGGCACCGCAUAUCGUUUAGACUUUCAAAAUAACUGUGUUAUUGGACCAAACUUAGUGUUUUCGGCUAUAUUGCCUUUCUGAACUGCUACAGGAAUGCUGUAAAGUGUAUUUUAACCGUAAAAAAAAUCCUGCCAAGACACGUUUUUGUCAUGAUUAAACAAUUUUGAUCAUUUUGUGCACUUUAUUAAUCAUUGUGAUUUCUCUCAGUGUACGUUCAUUGAUAAUUAAAUGAAAACACUCUUGGGGUUAAUUCAUCAACUUGCGAUAAUUUAAAUAAGAAUAUUUUUACAAAAAAUGAUUAUGGGGUAGAAUUAUGAGACCUCCAAAUAAAGAAUCAGGAAGGAUUUCCACCAGUUUGUUUUUUUUAAUUAUUUCACAACUAAAUAUUUUAAUGAAUUUAACACAUUCAUUAAAGUUGACUGGGUUCACAGUUCCACCGAAAAUAAAAAACAUCCAUUUUCUGUGGAAUAUUUGCAUUUAUUUAAGCUCAAGUGCAACUUUGAGCCCUAAUACCUAACACAUUUAUUAAUCCUUCAUGCCAGCAGCAUGCAGAGCUUGUUAAAAAUUUUCAUAAGAAAAAAUACAACCAAAUUAGCCUUUAGGUUUUUAGUAUUUCAAAAGUGACAUUGGUUUGGUGGCUGAAGAUCAAAUAACAAAAUCAGAUUGAAAGAUAUAUGAAAUCUCUGCAUUGCCAUUUUUCAAAAGGAACUUGUACAAGUUCUGGUUAAUAAACCAAAUACUGUUGUAUCCUUAAAUAAAUUAGCAGUACUUUUUUCUCUGUUAAUCAGUACCCCAAUGACUCUUACACUGGCGUGACAAAUCAUUAGUAUGUCUUGUACAAGGACAUGAUUUUCUACUUUAAAACUGGUAAAUUAAUAGUAGAAUUGUGCUUCUUGUAAAAUUUUAAGUUUUCAUUUUUCUCGAUAACUUACGCCA